AUGCCUAUGGAAGAUAAAGGAAAGGGCUACAAACAUGAACAUAGUGCAGCACAAAAGAUAUCAAAGAUUGGUUCCUUUGUCGCCGGGAGCCUUGCAGCUUGCUUAGCUGUCAUAUUCACAAAUCCCAUAGAAACGGUGAAGACUCGGAUGCAAUUACAAGGUGAAAUGUCUGGGGUAAAUGAGCGCGCAUAUAGAAACGUACCCCAUGCCUUAGGUGUGAUAUACAAGAAUGAAGGCAUACAUGGGCUUCAGAAAGGAUUGAAUUGUGCCUAUUUCUACCAAAUUGCACUAAAUGGAUCGAGAUUGGGAUUUUAUGAGCCAAUUCGUAGUAUGUUAAAUGGACAAUUCUUCCCAGGCAAGGACCCUCGCGAACUUCAAAAUAUGUAUGUUAAUAUCGCCGCGGGAGCGACGUCAGGUAUUAUCGGCGCAGUAACAGGAUCCCCUCUUUACCUAGUAAAAACUCGGAUGCAAUCUUAUUCGCCGGUAAUCCGUAUAGGGCAACAAACACAGUACUCUUCUCCAUUCACUGCUUUGCGAACGAUUGCAAAAAAGGAAGGGAUUCGCGGUCUCUACCGUGGAGUUGAUGCUGCGAUCAUUAGAACCGGUAUAGGAUCAUCUGUUCAACUACCGGUAUACAAUUUAGCCAAACGCUUCUUGAUAGAACAUGAUUUCUUAAAGGAGGGAACUACUCUACAUCUGACGGCCUCAGUUUUCUCUGGUAUAGGUUGUGCAGUCGUCAUGAAUCCAUGGGACGUCAUAUUGACGAGAGUAUCUAACCAGAGAGGUAACCUUUACAAGGGUCCAAUAGACUGCUUUUACAAAACAUUACGCAUAGAAGGUGUAACCGCGCUUUAUAAGGGAUUCAGUGCCCAGUUGUUCAGAAUUUGCCCUCAUACAAUACUGUGCCUGACUUUCAUGGAGCAAACAAUGAAGCUAAUCUACAGCGUUGAAACCAGACUUUUAUAA